AAACACUCCUAUUGCAGGCCUAUAACUUAUUUGUUCUCAGCGGUGCAUUUGUUCUCCUUGCCCGACUUGAAGGGUUGCUGAAAGGUUAAAAAUGUCAAACCUUACUUGGUUAAUAAUAAACGUCCUUAUUUUAGGUGCCUCAGGACUUGAAACAUGUCGCUUCGCCUCCUCCGCCUCCCCGGCUAGUAUGCCGACACACAACUCUGACAUGGCGCUUUUCCUUACGGUCACCCGCGCUCCACAGCGCCACAAUCCUUGGCUUCAAUCUUUGCUACGUGUGACGCGGCACUACAACCCAACGACCAAGAUCUAUGUGAUUUUGGACAGAGAAGCGGUCGUCGAGGAUGCAGGCUUGCUGGAGCAACUGGCAAACCUACAAGUGGAAGUGCGUUUAAGCGCUGCUUACAUGUCGAAAAAUUCCGAUAUGGCCAGGCUUCGGCAGAGUGUGCCUGCUCAAUGGGCGGGCCAAGAAAACUACAGGUUCUGCACUUACGCAGCUGUGGCAAGCGAUGAAGGCAUUAAUCGUCUCAUGGCGAUUGACGCCGACAUGGCACUCUUCUCGUCGGUGGCAGACAUUGCGGCACCCUACACCGAGGACAUCGUCAGUGCCUGCUACCACACCAGUCAGUUUAUCAUCAUCAACAACAUCACAGCCCUGCACGGGCUCUGCGACUGGAUCAGCACCUACUACGCGCAGGACAUGGCAACGCUGCAGGCGUAUGCCCUCUUGAUUGGGCGCACUGCAGCCCAAUGGAAUACACUACAUGACAUGGAGUGGUUAAACCUGUACUUUCUCAAAACAAAUUCGACAAAGCACC